GACGUCAGAGAGUGGGCGGUGUAGGAGGCAGGGUGAUCGGUGAAUCAAUGGGGAAACCUGAAUGGGGGUGGUGUAGGGUCUGGGAUGAAGACAGAAGCAGGACAGCUAAUGGGGAAGCAUGAGCGGGAUUGGCAUCUGGGUGGCGGGGUAAAUGGAAUGGCUACAGGCGAUGGGGGCAGCAGGCAGCGAACAGAGAGGCCUGAAAAGUAGGAGAUCCCAGGGUUGCGUAGGUAGGUGGUUGAAAGCUAGAGACAGUGAACAGCCAAUGGGAGCCACGCGCCGGUGUCGUAGAGGAGGGGUGACGAUAAAGGAUGCAGCGAGCCAACGGGGAGUCUGUGAGCCUACAUGAAGCCUUCAAGGGGUGGUGCCAGGGCGGAACUAGUUCUUAUGGAGGCCAGAAGGAGCUCGAGAGGCGGCCUGAAACCAGUCUUGCAGAUACUUUGGCGUGAACGUUGGAUGACACAAUCCUGGGCCAUGCCGGGCAUUGGGGAGCCGGGGACUGGGAGUCUCAGCCAUGGCCUGUCAGGAGAAGCCCCUGGGUGCUGGUCUCCCCUGUUGAGCAUUGAUUGGAGGAGGUGCUCGCUGAGGUGAGGAAAUGCGGCCACCAAUUCUUGGACAACCUUAACACCGCACAACCUUCAAGCCCCCCAGAAGAACCUGAGAACCUCCCUGUCAUUGCAUCCUAGUAUUUAAAACCUGAGACUGUUGGGCUCAAGGAAACUUGGGGGUUUCAAAGUCUGGCACCAAAAGGCAGGGCCCUGCACCUGCCAGCUCUGUGAUCUGGGACAAGUUUCUUGACUACUUCGCGUCUCCAUUUUGUUCACCUGUGUAAUGGCCAUGAUGUCAAGAUGGACCUCAACGGGCUUUGCCUGACCUUGGACAAGGACCCAAUGCCCAACCCCAGGCCUGCCAAGCCCUUGGCCCCUUCGUUGGUGCUCAGCCCAUCCCCAGGAGUCUCGUCCAACUGGAGGGCUGCACCCAAGGCCUCAGACCUACUGGGGGCCAAGGGCCCGGGGGCAACCUUCCAGGGCCGGGACCUCCGAGGUGGGGCCCAUGCCUCCUCCUCCUCCUUGAACCCCAUGCCACCAUCACAGCUGCAGCUGCCCACAGUGCCCCUCGUCAUGGUGGCACCUUCUGGAACACGGCUGGGUCCUUCGCCCCACUUGCAGGCACUCCUCCAAGACAGGCCACACUUCAUGCACCAGCUCUCAACAGUGGAUGCCCAUGCCCGGACCCCCAUGCUGCAGGUGCACCCACUGGAAAGACCAGCUAUGAUCAGCCUCCCGCCACCCACUGCUGCCACUGGGGUCUUCUCUCUCAAGGCCCGGCCUGGCCUGCCACCUGGGAUCAACAUGGCCAGCCUGGAGUGGGUGUCCAGGGAACCAGCAUUGCUCUGCACCUUCCCAAGCCCUGGUGCACCCAAGAAAGACAGGUCAGUGGGAAAAGCUGGGAAGGACCCUUGCCUUGGUAUUCCCUCCCCUGACACCUUCUGUCCCCCCAGCACCCUUUCGACCGUGCCCCAGGGCUCCUACUCACUGCUGGCAAAUGGUGUCUGCAAGUGGCCCGGAUGUGAGAAGGUCUUUGAGGAGCCAGAGGACUUCCUCAAGCACUGCCAGGCAGACCAUCUCCUGGAUGAGAAGGGCAGGGCACAGUGUCUCCUCCAGAGGGAGGUGGUGCAAUCUCUGGAGCAGCAGCUGGUGCUGGAGAAGGAGAAGUUGGGUGCUAUGCAGGCCCACCUGGCUGGGAAGAUGGCCCUGACCAUGCCUCCAUCCGUGGUGUCAUCUGACAAGGGCUCCUGCUGCAUUGUAGCUGCUGGCACCCCGGGCACCACCCUUCCGGCCUGGCCUGGCCCCCAGGAGGGCCCCAAUGGCCUGUUUGCUGUGCGGAGGCACCUCUGGGGCAGCCAUGGACAUAGUACAUUCCCAGAGUUCUUCCACAACAUGGACUACUUCAAGUUCCAUAACAUGCGGCCCCCGUUCACCUAUGCCACUCUCAUCCGCUGGGCCAUCCUGGAGGCUCCUGAGAAGCAGCGGACACUCAAUGAGAUCUAUCACUGGUUCACACGCAUGUUCGCCUUCUUCAGAAACCACCCUGCCACCUGGAAGAAUGCCAUCCGCCACAACCUGAGCCUGCACAAGUGCUUCGUGCGGGUGGAGAGCGAAAAGGGGGCUGUGUGGACCGUGGAUGAGUUUGAAUUCCGCAAGAAGAGGAGCCAGAGGCCCAGCAGGUGUUCCAACCCCCUAGCUGGCCCCUGACUGCAAAGCCAAGGAAAGGAAGGAAGGACAGGGGCCAACAUAUGGGGCAAAAGUGGCUGGGAGCGGGGGUGACAGGCCUGGACAUACUCGCAGCGACCAAGAAGUGCGUGCAUUGUCUUGCCUGCCAGGGACCCUACUACCAAGCUGACUACCCCCCCCGGAUCAUAUGCUCUGCACCAAGGCUGCUCAGAGGGACCUCAACCCCGCACUCCCAUCAUAGCCCCCCACGACAGGCUCUCCAGGCAAACUGAGCCUUCACAAUUGACCACACACACAGCCUGCCUUGGGCACUCACAGGCAACCUAGGGCUGAAAAAAGUCACAAUCCUGUCCCUUGGACUUCAUACAAACCCCCAAAGAAAGAGCCUGUCUCAGUACACUCACACAACCUCAAAUCUGCACAGUCACACGGACAAUCGCACCUGAGUACGCCUGUCAACCCACAUACCCCGAAGCACACUCCCACAGCCAGCUUCCAGGCUCCCAGGUGCAUCACAGGGGGGAUGCCUACACACCCACACAGAAGCAGCCUUAGUGCCUUCAGGGUCUCAGGUCCUAGAAAGCCACAUAGACACAUACCAGUCACACACAGUCUUACGCAGCUCCUACCACUUACACUUGGUCACACAGUCCAUUAGAACUCACCUGCACACCACGCACACCCACACAGCGCCCCAGUGGGUCUCGAGUCCCACACGACACACAUGGUCACAUA